AUGAUAUUUUAUUUCUAUUUGAGUUAUAAAUCAAGUUCAUUUUUAAAUAAUUCAGAUGAUGAGGAAGAUCAAAAGAAUAAAGAAAAUAAAGAAAAUACACUACAUGAUACAAAUAACCUGAAAUUCAAAAAUAGCAUAAAUGUUAGAUCAAUAUAUCAUAUUUCAAAUGCACCAAUAAUAUCAACAAAGGGAAAAAUUUGGCCAUUAAGUAAAUUUGAGAAAAUUGAUGUUUUAAAAUGUGCAAUAAAUGGUAAAAAUAUUGAAUAUUUACAAAACAUUGAAAAAGAAAUUAAACAAUCAAUGAUGAUUUUCCCAGUUGAAAUAUUUGUUAAGAUUUUUGAUAUUUUAAAUUCAUGGGAUAAAUUAAAACCAAAAUUUAUGAGAGUUUGCAAAUUGUUCUAUUAUAUCAUUAUGCCAAUGAUUUAUAAAGAUCCAUAUUUGAGAGCAACAAACUUUUUAAAUUUCGUUGAAACUUUGUCAAAUAAUAAGAAAUUAGGAAAUUAUAUAUAUUCAUUAGAUUUAGCAUAUGUUAUUCAAUCAGGUAAAAAUGCAUUUGUUGCAAGAUUAUUGAAACAAUCAAGAAAAAAUUUGGAAGUAUUCGUUGCACCACAAACAAGUUUUGGAUUUGGUCCAUUAGUUGCUUUAAAAAAUUGUUCAAAUUUAAAAAUACUAGAUUUAAGAUUGGUAUCUGAAACUUUAAAUUUAACUCAGUUGUUUCAUUCUAUUGAAAAUUUAAAACAUUUAACUCAUUUAUCAUUUCCAAGAUCACUGAUUGAUAUAGAAGAUCAUAACAAAAUAUCUUGGCCACCAAAAUUAAAUUUUUUAAGAUUAUCUGGAGGUAUAAAUGAUGAUUUUUUAUAUCAUUCCAAUUUCCCACAACUGAUUACAAAUUUAGAAUUUGCUCAUUGUCCUGCAAUAACAGAUUUAGGAUUAAAACAAGUUUUGUAUAGAGUUGGAAAUCAACUAACUACAUUGAAAAUCCAGUAUCCAAUGCCUGCAUUGAAAAAUAACUCACUUGAUGAUGUUUUCAUCUAUUGUGCAAAUCUUAGGGUUUUGGAAGUUAGUGUUGAUUAUCUUUCUUCAAUGUUUUUCGAUGAUCAAUAUUUAGGUUAUACAGAUGGAAGACCAUUGAGAACUUUGUAUAUAAACAGUAGUGGUAUGUUAGGUACAACGACUAGAUUAGAUCCAAUGGAUUUAGCUGUUGCAAUAGACGAUGGUAGAUUACCAUUUUUAAAAAAUAUUCAAUGUACUGCAAAAUUAGGUUGGGAUCCAAAGUCUGAAGCUGUAACAUUUAUUGCUGAUGAAUUAGAUGAAAGAGGUGGAGGAUUAUAUAUAGGUUAUUAG